AUGAAGUUCUUCAUAGCGUGUGUGGCGCUAAUAGCUUCAUCGCUAGCAGAGCCUCCAGUAAACAGAAAGCCUUCUUCUACAUACGGCACUCCAUCUAACGCUCGUCCUAAUUCUCAAUACUUACCUCCCUCCAAUCAAUACGGUCUUCCCCGUACGUCUACCCAAUAUCAAGCACCAAGAAAUCAAUAUUUACCACCUACUAGUCAAUAUCAAGCCCCAACCAACGAAUAUCAAGUCCCAGCCAGUCAAUACAGAGCCCCGACCAGCCAAUAUCAAGCGCAGACCAGCCAAUAUCAAACUCCAUCAAGUCAAUAUGGUUUACCCAACCAAGGUCUCAGCCAAGCAGUAACAGGAAUUCAAUACAAUGCACCUUCUCAAGAAUAUGGUACUCCUAGUGUCAGCAGAGCAGGAUCCGACUACCAGCAAAGCAGACAAUAUCUUCCUCCUGGUGGCGCAUACGAUGAUGGCAGCAACGGGGAGCCAGCGAACUACAACUUUGAAUACAUGGUAAGAGACGCGUAUUCGGGCAACGAUUUUGGUCACCGGGAGUCCAGGCAAGGGGACAGAGCUGAGGGAUUGUACUAUGUACUGCUCCCUGAUGGUAGAAAACAGACUGUUGAAUACGAAGCUGAUCAAGAUGGUUACAAACCAAGGAUAUCGUACGAGGACACUGGUGUACGUUCUGGUUAUAGCGACAACCAAUCUGGUUAUAGUGGCAACCAGUCUGGCUACAGUGGCAGCCAGUCUGGCUACAGUGGAAGCCAAUCUGGCUACGAAAACCAAUAUCCAAGCGGACCUUACUAA